AUGAAGGCGAAAAACCGUGACCAAAGCCUGUCGGACUCCAGAGAGCUGGACGGAUCCUAUGACCAGCUGACGGGUGAGCCUCCAGGCCAAAGCAAAAAAACCAUAAAGCAGCGAUUCCUCAAGCUGCUGCCGUGCUGCAAGCCCUCGGCUGCCCCCUCUAUCAGUCAAAACAGCGUGGAAGAUGAUUUUGAGUUAUCCACUGUGUGCCAUCGCCCUGAAAGCAUGGACAAGCUGCAGGAGCAGACUAAGUUCACCAAGAAGGAGCUGCAAGUCCUCUACAGGGGCUUCAAAAAUGAGUGUCCGAGUGGUGUGGUGAAUGAGGAGAACUUUAAGAACAUUUACUCCCAGUUCUUUCCUCAGGGAGAUUCAAGUAUGUAUGCACAUUUCCUGUUUGAAGCCUUCGACACUAACAAGAACGGCUCGGUUAGUUUUGAGGACUUUGUAUUUGGCCUGUCUAUCAUCCUGAGAGGGACCAUUAAUGAUCGGCUAAACUGGGCGUUCAACCUGUACGACCUGAACAAGGACGGCUGCAUCACCAAAGAGGAGAUGUUGGACAUCAUGAAAUCCAUCUAUGACAUGAUGGGGAAGUACACAUACCCCACUAUGCAGGAUGAUGCCCCAAGAGAACAUGUGGAGAGCUUCUUCCAGAAAAUGGACCGGAAUAAAGACGGAGUGGUCACCAUAGAGGAGUUCAUUGAGUCUUGCAAAAAGGAUGAGAACAUCAUGCAGUCAAUGCAGCUGUUUGACAAUGUCAUCUAAGAGUCUGGACCAGUUAGGACGCUGGCACCAGGGAGGGGAGUGUAUGUGUGUGUGUGCAAGAGG